AUGCUGCAAUCUCUGCAUCAUGAAAUGACUCCCGUUGAUACAGGGAACUCAGACCGCAAGCGGCGAAGAGUCACAAGAGCGUGUGAUGUGUGUCGACGCAAAAAAGUGAAAUGUGAUGGAAAACAACCAUGUAUUCAUUGUACGGUGUAUUCGUAUAAAUGUUCUUAUGACGAUCCUAACAUAAGAAACACCAAAAACCCGGGCCUUCCUGCGCUGCUGGACCAUAGUCCUGACUUUAUCAACCUCCAUCGUAACCAAGGUAAUGAUUUUGGUGGUGGUGGUUAUUCAGUAAUGCUGGGUCAUGAUAGACAUCCAAUCAAUGGUGAAGGAUACCAGGCUCCUCACAAAUCAACCGAGGGUGAUGCCCAAAAAGCACUCCAGAUCCUUUUCCCGCGUCUUAACCUUCAACAGCGAAAUGUUGAUGUUUACAAGUUGAAUAAAAUCGUCCAAUAUCUCAAGUCGAAAAACCCGUCCUAUAUCAAUAUUAACGAGAUAUCCGACUUGUACCUCGAUGGACCCACCCCCACAACGUCGCCAGCAACCACUUUCGACCCUCCAUCAGUCAGCUCCAACGAUGGAAACCCGGUGGGUCGGGAAAUACGAAUUGUUCUUCCUCCAAAGGAUGUAGCGUUGCAGCUCAUUUACACCACUUGGAACAAGGCUUGUGUACUUUUCCGGUUCUACCACCGUCCGUCGUUGCUAGAAGAAGUGGAGUUUCUCUACUCAAUGGACCCGGUCAAUUACACCGAUAGACAGCAGAAAUUUCUUCCAUUUCUCUACCUGAUACUUGCUUGUGGACUGUUGUUUUCCCGACUGAAUUCUCUCAGCAAGGACAACGACUCGCUCGAAGACGAUGGUUUCAACUACUUUCUCGAGGCUCGCAAACUCAUCGACAUCACCAACGUGGGAGACAUUUCCCUGAUCCAAACCAUCGUCAUGAUGAUCAUGUACCUCCAGUGUCUGGCUCGUCUUUCCACCUGCUACCUCUACAUUGGAAUUGCCAUGAGAAGUGCAUUGAAGGAAGGCCUUCAUAGAAACUUGCUGAUUUUCCAGAGCUCGAAACGACGGUUGGACCCCAUUGAAAUCGAUACAAGAAAACGACUUUUUUUCACCAUCUACAAAAUGGACAUCUACAUUAACUCGCUUCUAGGACUCCCCCGAUCUGUCAAUGAAGACGAGUUUGACCAAGAAUUUCCAGAAGAACUCGACGACGAAAAUGUAACCCGCGAUUCUCUCAACUAUGAACAGCAAAAUGGCAGACUUUCGUCAUCUGCCUGUGCCAAUCACCACACAAAGUUAAUGAUGGUAAUGUCUCACGUUGUAAAAGAACUUUAUCCCAUAAAGGUGAAGAACACUCCUAAUAAGCCAGAUGGGUUGGGAGUGCACGAGAGAGUGACGAAACUUGAAAUCGAGCUCAAGACAUGGCUCGAUAAUCUUCCACCAGAAUUGCAACCCACCGACCCUAGUGAUAUAAAUUCGGGCAACGAUAUCCCCGAGAAAUUUGUGCUUGCCAACUUUUAUCUUCAUCUUGCAUUUUUGAACUGUCUGAUAAUGCUUUACAGACCCUUCAUUCACUAUAUCAGCAACGAGCAAACAGCUACAUCUGAUCCCAAGUCUCUCAUUCGAGGUAGAAACUGCAUCAAGGUAGCGAGAAUGGUGGUAAAGCUAGCCAACAAAAUGAUCGAUAAAGACCUCUUGGUGGGGACUUAUUGGUUUUCCAUGUACACCAUUUUCUUCUCCAUUGCAUGCCUUAUUUAUUACUAUCAUUUUGCCAACUAUAAUAAUCAAGCAAAGAGUGGAGCCAACUACGCAGGCGUUCUUUUUGAUGAUGACUUGGACGUUGAUAAGAUCAAAAGAGAUAUUGAGAUAGGAAAGCGAGUAUUGGACUGCUUGAAGAACAAUUCAAAUGCAUCCAUGAGAAUUUACAAGAUUCUCAACAAUCUUUUCGAGCAGUUGAAUAGACACACCGCUGCGUCCAAAGUUCCAAAAGACCAACUUCUUGAAGGUGCUCCCGGCGGUCUUUACAUAGGAAGCACCGCAUCGGAACCUACAGCACAGGCAGUUCUUAGAAAGAGCGGACCAUCGGCCUUGAAACAAGAAACCAGUCCUCUUUCAGAUUUUCAACAAGCAGCUGAGGAACUCCAUCCUCCAGGCAUGAGUUUUGGAUCUUCACACGAGAGGAAGCAGGUGGCCAACGAGGUUGCAAAUCGGGCACAUAUGAAGUCGAUAAACAGUAUAUUGCAAGAUGGACUCGGUGAAAAUGCUGCAAAGGUUCAAUUUGACCCAGUCGGAGGAUUCGAACCUCCUUCAAAAGUUGAGACCGAGGAGGCUCUCGACGGAAAUGCUGGCUAUAAACCAGGAGUCUUUUGA